AAUCGUAAAGAUAUCAAACAGGUUCUUUUCUAUUUUCCUUUUUUUUUGUUUAUAAACAUAAAAAAAUUCUUAUAUUAUAUAAAAAUUUUAUUCAUGAGAAACAAUAAUAAUGAUGAUAAAGAAACAAUAAAAUACUAUACAGAAAAAAUAAAACGAGACAAGAAAAAAAUAAGAAAUUUUAAUAAUCAAAUUUGAAAGGAGCGACCUUUCCUAAAAAUUAAGAAUAUUACAUGUAUACAUGCACACUAACACACGAUAUUCAUUUUGAUUAUAUUUUUUAUUUACAAUAUAUAACAAUCCAGACGAUUCUUUAAAUAAUAAUCACGUCUCCCAAAUUUUCGUUAUUAUAUUCUCUUAAAGGUCUUUAAAUACAAAACGAAAGUCAAUGAAAAUUUUUUUAUUGUUACUUUAAUAAAUUAAAAUCAAAUAAAAUUGCUUUAAUAUUAUGCGAUAUUUUGCGUAUACUUUAAAUAUUUUAAAAAACAUAAUAUAAAUAUUAUAUGUAAAAUAAUAACCUUCAUAUAGAAUCAUAAAAUCGGAAAUUUUGGUGAAAAACAUAAGAUUUAUUACAUAGAAGGACCAAAAAUUAUACUACAGUAUAUAACGUCAAAUUAAAAUAGAAAUUUAAUAUAUUAACAAUUUAUCGCAUAUUUCAAAAAAUAAUAAAAAAAAAUUUUUAAUAAAUGAAAAUAAUUGAAGAUUGGAAGCGAUAAUAUCAAAUAUAGCAACAGCAACAUAAUAAAGUGGAAAUUUGAAGAAAAGGAAAAACAUAAAGUUGGAAUAUUUCAAGGACUUGUCGUUGUUUUUUACUACCACAACAAUCUCCUUACUUACUUCUCCUAUUUAGAAGAUAUAUAUAUAUAUGAAAAGCAAAUAACAUCCAAAUGUGACUUUUUAUUAAAACAACACAAAAAAAGAAGGAAUAAUAAUAAUAUAAAUAUAAAUAUAACGAAGACAAAAGGACCAAUUAAUCAACAAAUAAUAAGAAAACAAAGAAAAAUUGAAAUAACGUAUGAUAACAAAAAAAGAAUGAAAAACCCAUCGUGUGAAUUUUAAAAAAUCAUAACUGAAUACAUAAUCAUUUUUUUUGAGGAACAUAUACAUAUUUAUAUAAUUAUACAUAAUAAUAAGUCUAUAUACUUAUUUACAUAAAUUUAUAUAGUAUUAUAUAUACAAAAUUAUUCGAUUAUUGCAUUCUACUCUUUACAUAAAACUAUAUAACUUAUAUCAACUUACAUAUAGUAUAUGCAUACAUUUAUAGCAUACUGACAAAUAUACAAAAAAAUUAAUAUAACAAAAUAGUGGUUAAAAAUUUCAUAAAAUUUAUACACACUGAAAAGAAAGAGAAAUUGAGCGGGACACAAAAAUUUACUAAAAAUAAAUAAGGAGAAAAAAAUAUAUACAUACAUACAUAUAUACGUUACAUAUAUUUUUAUUAUAAACCCGGAAAUAAAUAAAUUUUUCAAAAUUUCGUCGAAAAAUCAUCAAAAUAGGAGAGGCAUACCAAUGCUAUGCUGUGGGGUAUGCUGUGGCAACAUGUCCAAAAGGGACUAUAAGGUUGCGACAACAGAUGGAAUAGAAUUGGAACCGCUUGGAGGUGAUAAAACGGAACAUGAUUUAAAAUCCAAAAAUAAAACAAAUGGAAUUAAAAAUGGCGGUGAAAGUAGCGGUGGCAGACAAACACGUAAUGGAGUUGCGGUAUGCUCACAGAAAAGAGCAUUAUGCGUCACAGGAGUUGUUAUAGGUUCUUUAUUAUUAACGGCCUUAAUAAUUGCAUUUGCUGGCCCAUCAAAUGAUUGCUCUUGUGCCGGUAAAAUGCCACCCGGUUAUACUGGUGAAGGAGAGAAUGGUUCACAAAUAUUUAAUCCAAUAGCAACAAAUGGUGAACCAUUUCCAUGGUUAGAGCCAAAUCUUCCAAUAUUUAUAAAACCAAUAAAAUAUUCUGUAACAAUACAUCCAAAUUUAACAACUUUAGAUGUUAAAGGUCAAGUGACAAUAGAAAUUUUAGUAGAAAAAGAUACAAGUUUCUUAGUCAUAAAUAUACAAGACUUAAAUGUUACCGAAAGAGCGCUGGUAACAACAAAAGGAUAUUCAAUAAAAAUUAUAAAAAUACUAGAAUUUCCACCAAGACAACAAUUAUAUAUAGAAUUUAAAGAGAAACUGAAAAAGAAAUCAAAUUACACAUUAAAUUUACGUUGGUAUUCAAAGUUAAAUCCGGAACCAGAAGGAUUUUAUGUCGAUGAAUAUUUAAGUUCGAAUGGAUUGCAAAGACUAUUGGCAGCAACUGUUUUAAAACCAAAUGGUGCUAGAAGAGCUUUUCCAUGUUUUGAUGAAUCACAUGUCAGAGCCCCAUUUAAAAUUUCAAUAUUUAGAGAUCGAUUCCAUAUUGGCCUUUCAAAUUCAAUAGUUCAUGGAACUGAUGAUGUUGGAUUUUAUAUGGGAACUGGUUUAUUAAGAGAUGAUUUUAUUGAAACACCACCAGUACCAGCUGAUGCAGUAGCGUGGGUUGUAAGUGAUUUUCAACGAGAAUCAUUACAAGCAUCAUCAACAUAUCAAGUGACAACAACAAUUAUUCCACCAUUAUUUGGUCGUUCAUCAAAUUCAAAAUCAUCUUUAGGUGACAAUUUUACGUUUAAAUUACAAAAACCGGUAAAAAAUAUAACAGCACUGACGCAUUCAUUAAAUAUGUUUGCGUUUAUAACGACAACAACAACAACUACGCCGGCACCAUCUACAGAUAAUCAAACAAUAUCUGGUAAAAAUUUAACAUCAAUGAGCCAAUCAAUUGGUGGUCGAACAAUUAUACGUAAAGCACCCUCAUAUACAUUUUAUGCCCCAAAUGAUCUUUUAAUACGUUCAAGUUUCAUAUUACAUCUAUCUAGAGAUGUAUUGGAAUAUUUACAACAAUGGCUUGAAGUGGCUUAUCCAUUAACAAAAGUUGAUUUUGUUGCAUUACCAUCUUUGGAUCGUGAUUUAAUUUCAUCAUUAGGUUUGGUAACAUUAAAAGCUUCGUUUUUAACAAGUCCACAAUCUAUAACAACAGCUGAACAUCAUUCAGCUGCUGUUAAAAUUUCAGAAGCAAUUGCUAAGCAAUUUUUUGGUGGUAUUACAUCACCAAAACAUUUAAAAGAUAAUUGGCUAUGGGAUGGUAUUGUUAAAUACUUAGGUAUAUUAACAUUAGCUCCACUUAAAGAAGAUUGGCCAAUGAAAGAAAAACAUUUACUUCGUAUUGCAACAAAAGCACUCGAUAUUGAUGCCAUACAUGGAUGGAAAAGUAUUGUAAAUGGGACAAGUUGGGAUGGAAUCAAUGAGGAUUUUUAUAUUGAUAAAACAGCUGCAGUCAUUGCAAUGUUGCAUGCUGCAAUCGGUGAUAACUCAUUCCGACAAUGUUUUGGUAAUUUUUUAAAAACGAAUCGCUAUAAGACUGCUGAACCAUUGGAUUUGUGGACAUUGUGUACUAAAAAAGGAAACGGAGCCAAAAAUAUUAAGGAAAUGAUGAAUUUAUGGACUUUACAACCAGGUUUUCCACUACUAACAGUUGUUAAAGUAGGCGGUGAUGUUUCAAUAUCACAGAAACCAUUUCAACCAGCUGAAUUAACAGCCAUACACGACGACAACUAUGAUGGUAAUAAUUAUACGGCAACUACAACAUCAACGACAACUACCACAACGACAAGUUCACCAGCACCUAAAAAUAAAACUGGUAAACCAAUUAAAUGGAUAUUUCCGGUUUCAUAUAUAACAGAUAUGGCAAAUACAAGUGGAACAAUAUGGUUACAGAGUGUUGAUUUUACAUUGAAAGUUCCAGAAGGAGUAAAAUGGAUUAAAAUGAACGCACAUCAAAACGGUUAUUAUAGAGUCUUAUAUAAUGAAGAUAAUUGGUCAAAUUUAAUAAUGGUUCUAUUAAACGAACAUGAAACAUUGUCAGCUAAGGAUCGAAUGGGCUUAAUUUCGGAUGCAUUUACAUUAUGUCAUGCCAAUUUGAUGCCUUGUGAGAUUACAAUGAAUUUAGUAAUGUAUUUACCAAAGGAAAAAAGUUGGGGACCAAUGACAACUGCUUUACGACAUUUAGAACGUUGGCGUAGAAUAUUGAAAUAUUCAGAAUGUUUCUUAAUGCUAUCCGAGUUUAUUAAAUUAACAUUAAAUAAACCAAUAUUAGAAUUGAAAUGGGAAGAUUUGGGCACCGAUGAAAUUAAACUACUGCGGCCUGAAGUUUUAUUAGCUUCAGUAUUAUGGGAAGAUAGUGACAGUAUAACGACAGCUAAAGAAAUUUUAGAUAGACAUAUAAACAAUGAAUCUCAAAUUAUACCACCGAAUUUAAGAGAGGUGGUUUAUACUGGUGCUGUCCUAUCUGGAGAAUUUUUAUAUUGGCAACAUUGUUGGAAUAAAUUUUUAUCGUUACGUGGUUCAACUGAUGGUUUUGUUGAACGUAUGCAAUUAUUACGUGCAUUAGGUAAAACAAAAGAUGCAUGGUUACAAAAUCGUUUGUUAUCACAUGUAACAUUAUUACCAACUGUAGAAGUAGUACAAGUAUUAGAAGCUAUUGCAGGUACACCAACUGGUGGUGCAAUGGCUUGUAGAUUUUUACAAGCUAAAUGGUAUGAUUUACAAUCAAAAUUAGGUCAAGGUACAAUUAAUUUUGCAAAAGUUAUAUCAGCAAUAACACAAUAUGGUGCCACAAAAUUUGAUUAUGAUGAACUUAAAUCAUUAGUACAUAGAUUUGGUCAUGGACCUGGAAUGGAAAUAUUAAAUAUGACAUUAAGCAGUGUUGGAGCAAAUGUUGAAUGGGUAGCUAGAGCGCAAAUGUCGCUAUAUAAUUGGGUAUUAAAAAACGGCCAUAUACAUUGAUAAAAAUUUAAUAUUAAUUAAAAAUAUAUAUAAAUAUAUGUAUAUUAAAAAUUUAAAUAUAAAAAUCUUAAUAUAUAUGUAUACAUAUAAUAUAAACGUAUAUGAUAUAUAAAAAAUAAAUCUAAAAAUGGACUGCUAAAUAAAAUUCUCCUUUAGUUUGUACAAAAAAUAUAAAGUAUGUAUAUUAAAAAUAUAUUUAUGAAAAUUUAAAUUGUAUUUAAAUUAAAAAUAUUAUAUUGUAU